AUUUGGAAGCGUCCGCGUGGGCCACGAGGGCCGGUGCGGAGAUGCCGCAGCUAUUGAGAGGGGGUCGCUGGCGUGCGGUGUUGGCGCGGGCCCGCCGCGCAGUGCUCUUUGCAGGGCCCCGUGGGGCCUCGGGCGGCCCGGGUUGCGUUCGGGACGCCACCUCCGGAGCCGGCGAGCUGCGGGGCGAGCUUGACAGAUUCGGGGGCGUCUCCGUGCGCCUGGCGCGGCUGGACGCAAUGCACCGCUUGGACCCGGUCGCCUUCCAGAGGGCUUUGCAGGCUGCAAUACAGAAAUGGAGAUCCGAAGGUAGAGUAGCAGUAUGGCUGCACAUUCCCAUCCUCCAAAGUCGAUUUAUUGCCCCUGCCGCUUCCCUGGGCUUCUGCUUUCACCACGCAGAAUCGGACUCAUCCACGCUGACUCUGUGGCUGGGAGAGGGGCCCAGCAGAUUACCAGGAUAUGCUACACAUCAAGUGGGAGUUGCAGGAGCUGUAUUUGAUGAAAAUACUAGAAAAAUAUUGGUUGUACAAGAUCGAAAUAAAUUGAAAAAUAUGUGGAAGUUUCCAGGAGGCCUGUCAGAGCCUGGAGAAGACAUUGGAGAUACAGCAGUUCGAGAAGUUUUUGAAGAGACCGGUAUAAAGUCAGAAUUCAGGUCCCUCCUGAGUAUUCGGCAACAGCACACCCAUCCUGGAGCUUUCGGAAAGUCAGAUAUGUAUAUUAUCUGCCGCCUAAAGCCAUAUUCAUUCACCAUAAAUUUUUGCCAGCGUGAAUGCUUAAGGUGUGAGUGGAUGGAUCUCAGUGACCUAGUCAAGACUGAAAAUACAACUCCGAUCACCAGCAGAGUUGCUAGGCUGCUGCUGUAUGGAUACAGAGAAGGGUUUGACAAGAUUGAUCUGACCAUGGAAGAACUUCCAGCAGUUUACACAGGCUUGUUCUAUAAAAUCUAUCACAAGGAACUGCCAGACAGUUAUAAAACUAUGACAGGCAUGGAUUAAAUUUAUAUUUACAUGGUUUUAAAAUGUUUAAGUAAAUUGUACCUGUAGAUUAAUGUGUGCCGUAUUAUAAGAAGUAGUGGACAUUUGGGUUAACUAAAUAUCUGACUUAAAUUUUCUAAUGUCUGUGAUUUCCAUGAAGAAAACUUGUUUGUACGUAUGCACAUUUUAAAAGCCUCUUUUCAAAUGAAGCAAAUGUAUGAAAAAGAUUGUAGCUGUAAGUAAGCUUCACUGGAUAAAGGCAAAUUCUAUAUAAAAAGUGGAAGUCUAUGCAUUUUCCAGGAAUUUUUGUUGUUGUUUUACUAAGGCAAUGGUUAAAUAUUUUACUGUUAGAUAAAAGGUUAUCUGACCAGUUACGUAAACUGAGCAGAUAGCUGUAUACAUUUUUCUUUUCCUUUCAUCAACAAAUUUCUAAAAUAUACCUCUUCUUUCAUGAGGUAUAUGAAAUGAGAUCAGAUGCUGCCAUUAAGAUCAGCUCUUAGCAGACAUUGGAAGAAAAAGUAUAGCCUUCUGCCCAGGUCCUGUUUUGGGUCCAAGUUUAUACUGCCCAGUUCGCUUCAGUGCCACAUACCAACUGGAGUAUUUCCUUGACCGGUAAGUAUUGUAGUUAUUAGAUUCCAAUCGUUCAAAAAAGAAACACUCGUCUGUAACACAUUUCUGAAAAACAAAGGAAAAAUUAGUAGUUGUUGUCAUACUUUUCAGGUUAAAUAUUUAAUGACAGUACACAGUGCUUUGGGUUCAACAGGACGAUCAAACUAGUGAGACUCAACAGGCCAAAAUCUGACACAAUCUGAUCUGCAGAAAGACACAGGACAGGAACACAGCGUAUCAGCAGGACAGUUUCAAGCACAUUUCUUCGGAGGAGCAGUCCAAGGACCAUUCUCCAGCCCCAAGAUGGACAGGUCAGGUGCUAGGCAGCAGGAGCACACAGGUGGUAUAGGAACCACACUGGCUCAGACUUGAAACAUCCCAUGAACAUAGAUUUCAGUGGUCUCCAAAAGAGACAUACAUCCAGUAACAAGAAAGACCUAAAAGUGAUUAAUAGCUCCUGUAGUCGGCUUCUAGAGAUAAGAAUUUUACUGGAUAUUUACUUGGCUUUAAUGUUUUGACUACUGUUAACUGAACUUUUAAAAACUGAAAUGCAAACUUAUCUAGUUUGCUCAUUUUUUUUUGUAACUUACUAAGAAAGUAACUUAAGUGCAAAUAAAUCACAGGUAGCCUUACAGAGAAGCAUACAUUGUGCAAGGACCCAGCUAUACGAUACCCAGGACUGUCUCAUGAUUUUCAAAGAGAUUCAAAUGUAAUAACAGUGGCAUGGAUACUCUGUAGCCAGUACUUGCUACCUUUGGUGAAAUUAUUGUGCUUCCUUUGUUAACUGAAGUUAACCUGUUUUACUUUAUCUUGUCACUUUUUAGUGCCACCAAUAAAAGUCUUCCUCUUUCUCUAUUCCAGGUUUAAGGUCAGGAGUCGAAAAGUAAAGAGUGAAAGGAAAAGUCAUGUAAUCAUAAAGAUAACAUGAAAGAGAAAAGGAGAUCUUCAGAGGACAUCACAGAGGAAGUGGGUAAGUAGCUUCUAAAGGCUUACAACAAAUUGUACCUUGCCUUCAAGCCUUAUUUUAUAUAGGCCCAGGAGCUGGGAAAUCCCUUAAUUCAUGCUUAUUGACUGCUCUCAUGCAUAUCAUUUUAUUUAAAUACCACAACAAUCCUCUGACAUAGUGUAUCAUAUAUACUCAUUAACAAAUGAGGAAUCUAAAACUCAAGGCUCAUAGAUCAGGAGACUAGGAUUGACAUAUAUACACUACUGUGUAAUAAAACAGAUAACUAAUGAGAACCGACUGUAUAGCACAGGGAGCUCUACUCAGUGCUCUGUGGUGACCUAAGUGGGAAGGAAAUCCAGAAAAGAGGGGAUAUAUGUAUACGUAUAGCUGAUUCACUUUGCUGCACAGCAAAAACUAAUGCAACAUUGUAAAGCAACUAUACUCCAAAAAAAUAGAUAAAUAAAAUCAGGAGAAUAAAUAAAUAAAACUCAAGGCUCUUAGUAACUUAUUUCAGAUUGUGGAUACCCUUUGCCCAUGUAUCCGUCUGACACCUUUUCAUCAAAUUACAUUUUCCUUUAUUUUCCUUUAUUUUUUUUAAUUUAAGAAUAAUUUGGGGAUACAGAAAGCACACAGCUCAAAUAAUGCAUUUAUUCAUUUAACGUAAUUUUUUUCUUCUAGGCGCUGGGAUACAUCAGUGAACAAAACUGAACAAAGAUCCCUGCCUUUGUGCUGGUCCGAUUCUCACUGGGGGAGACACAAAAUAAGCAUUGUCUCUUCCCAUUGUCACCUGAGUGAGGUCCCUGCUGACAUCCCCAGCUACAGUGUCUUUCAUCAUCAGUGAUUCGUCUCAACCUGUUAAACAGUGGGACAGAUGCUAUUAAUAGCCAAGGGUCAAGACUUUUAAUUUCUUGCCUGAAAGUUGCUAUUGUUGACAGCUCAGUGCCUAUGGAUCUGACUCAGAGGAAAAUAUGCCACCUCCUGAAUCACCACCACCUCCCUGGUUUGGGGGUAAGUGUCCCUUGUUUUAGGGACACUUACUUUUUCAUCUGAAAAUUGACACAGCCCACCCAGACUAAUCUGAAAAAGGAUUGCUGCUGAAGAGGCAAGGCAGCGAGUCACACAAAUUGAAUGAUGAAUCUGUGUUCCAGCCUGUGUUCUCAAGAUAAAUAACCCCUCCAAUGACUAUCUUACAGGGCCACCAUGAUUACCAGAUUACUGGAUCUUCUAAUCUCUUUAAGUGGAAAACCACAGGGUAACAAUCUGAAGUCACAAGACAGACAUAGCAAAGUCUAGAGCUUUAAAACCAUUUUGACUAGUGCCAAUUUGACUAGCGUUGUCCAUAGUUGAGACAGAAGCAAAUGUUGUAUGUAUUUACUUUCUUUCCUCCACCACCUUUACUGUCUGACAGUAGCCAAAUCGACACUACUGCAGGAGACAAAGUGAUGCACACUGUGUUUUGUUACAUCCUGAGGUGAGAAGAGUAGGGUUAUCCCCUCUUCUCUCUACAAGGUCAAGGUCAUCCAAAAUUACCCAUUGAUUCACUGUCCUGGAAAUAUUUUAAAUGCUACUUCAGUAGAUUCCCAAAGUAUUACAUCAUCCCUUGAGAUGACAACAGGCUGGUAGAAAAAAAAAAAAAAACAGUGGAAGAAGUGAAAGUUCCAAGUAGUCAGCCUUUCAUAGCUAUGUUUUUUUUGCCUAGGAAACCUCAUCCAUUUCCCCUGCUUUAGCCGCCGCAUAUAUGCUUAUGACGCCCAAACCUAUAUAUCAACACAACACCUCUCCUCUAAACUCCAGACCCCCAACUCCAACUAUGUAGUGAACAUCUUCACCUGAAUUUCUUAGGCACCUCAAACUAGAUAAGACUAAAUAAAUGUGAACCUGUCUUACCUUUUCCCAGAACUUGCUCUUUUCCUCUUCCCCUUUCUCAUCUACCUCCUCAUCCAAACUAGAAACCUGGAUGUCAUCUUUGACUCUUUCCUCGACUCUACUCGUAACUCGGGUCAGCCUCAGUGCUCACACUUUACUCCAUCCUCGUCAUCCUGUCACUGCCAGGUUCUGAUCAUCACUUGCUUGGACUAUUCCCAUGGCCUUCUAACUGGCCUGUCUCCACCAGCCUUGGACCCCUCAAAUCCGUCCUCUGCACUGCUGCCAGAGAGCUCUUUCUUGAAUUCAAAUCUCAUGUGUCUCUUAAAACGCUUUAUGGCUUCCCACUGCCGAGAGCAGCAUGGUGCUAUCAGGUACUUCAGCGGGCAGUUUACCUGCUUCUCCGGCCUCAUCUUUUCCCCUCUACCUUCUGUUGCCUUUGCACCUUACACUCCAGCAGGAGUGAAUUGUAAUUCUGGAGAAACCCCUAGUAAGCCUUCCACAUCCAUGCCUGUGCCAUGUCCUAGAAUUAUCUAUAUCCUGAUCUCCAUUCCUCUGUUCCCGAACUGCCUGAUAAACUCCUUCCUCUACAUUAUGUCAAAUCCUCUUGGUAGGUCAUUUUUGCCAAUCUAGACAAGUUUAAUUGCUCCUUCCUUUAUUUCUAUGCAUACAUGCAGCAUAUAGAAGAACACACCGAAGCCACCCCUUACACAUUAUUACGAAUACUUAUUUACACUUCUGCCUCCCCAGAUUGUCACUUAUUAAAGGCACAGGCCAUUUUGUAUUCAGUUUUAUAACCCUAAUGCCUAGCAUGGUAUCUAGUAUACUGUACACUCAAAAAAUACUAGCUAUUGAAGAGGAUUCUAAAAUUUAUUCAGUUACAUAAAAAGAGCACCACUACACUGAGACUUAUUUAUCCUACAAAAUCAAAACUACCAAGAGGUAUCACCUCACACCAGUCAGAAUGACCAUCAUCAAAAAAUCUUCAAACAAUAAAUGCUGGAGAGGGUGUGGAGAAAAGGGAACCCUCUUGCACUGUUGGUUGGAAUGUAAAUUGGUACAGCCACUAUGGCGAACAGUAUGGAGGUUCCUUAAGAAACAAAACAAUAGAGCUACCAUAUGAUCCAGCAAUCCCACUCCUGGGUAUAUAUCCGGAGAAAACGGUAAUUUGAAAAGAUACAUGCACUGCAGUGUUCACUGCAGCACUAUUUACAAUAGCCAUGACAUGGAGGCAACCUAAAUGACCAGCGACAGGAAUGGGUAAAGAAGAUGUAAAUAUAUACACAAUGGACUAUUACUCAGCCAUAAAAACGAAUGAAAUAAUGCCAUUUGCAACAACAUGGAUGGACACAGAAAUUAUAUACUAAGUGAAGACAGAGAAAGACAAAUAUAUGAUAUCACUUAUAUGUGGAAUCUAAAAAAAUGGUACAAAUGAACUUAUUUACAGAACAGAAAUAGAGUCACAGAUGUAAAACACAAACAUAGUUAUCGGGGGGAAAAGGGGAGGGAUAAACUGGGACACUGAGGUUGACAUAUACACACUACUAUGUAUAAAAUAGAUAACUAAUAAGGGCCUACUGUAUAGCACAGGGAACUCAAUACUCUGUAAUGACCUAUAUGGGAAAAGAGUCUAAAAACGAGUGGAUGUAUGUAUAACUGAUUCACUUUGCUGUACAGCAGAAACUAGCACAACGUAAAUCAACUACACGCCAAUAAAAAAUUAAUUAAAAAGAAAUCCAAAGAUCUUCACUCAGAAAAAAAUUCAAAAACUAAGCUCAAAACACCACAACUGCUCAGUACUAUUAGAUCCAUUCUGUGGGGAAAGCUAUAAAGUGCUAUACAACUGGCUACUGGUAUUGGUAUUAUGGCUGUGGUUUGUAUAUACACGCACUUUUAGGUACAUGUCUUAUCUACUCCCCCAAUGAGACAGAAGUACAAUCUGUGUCUUUCAUACUCAUCUGCUUCCCUGCGUCAUUCCCCACACAGUGUCUGCUCAACAGACAUACAAUCCCGGUUGUAAUAAUAAUGGUGAAGUUGACAAGGAGCCUGUAUUAAUGGAAAGAAUACUAGCCAGCAGCAAGGACACUGGAGUAGUGUGAUAAAAAGUAAAAAAAAAAGAGAAGUCCCUGCCCUUAAUGAGCUUAUAUAUAAAUGAGAAGUAACAUGAGGAAGUAACAAUUUUGAGGACCUAUUAUGUAUAAGACCCUGAUUUUGGCACGAUAUAAAUUAUUCAGUCCACACAAAAACUCUGAGAUACAAUCAUUAUUGUCUCUAUUUUAUAGUACUCUAAAUGGCAAGUGUUUCUAUGUCAUAUUUGAAAUAAGCUUAAAAACUCAUACUCAAAAUUUUAUAUGUCCAUCCCAGUGAUCUUCAGACAAAUGCACAAUAUAAAGAUUUUUUUUAAACUAUAGUUUUAGGGACUUCCCUGGUGGUGUGGUGGUUAAGAAUCCGCCUGCCAAUGCAGGGGACACGGGUUUGAGCCCUGGUCCAGGAAGAUCCCACAUGCCGUGGAGCAACUAAGCCUGUGCAUCACAACUACUGAGCCUGCGCUCUAGAGCCACAACUGCUGAGCCUGCGUGCCAUAACUACUGAAGCCCGUGCUCCACAACAGGGAAGCCACCGCAAUGAGAAGCCUGCACGUUGCAAUGAAGAGUAGCCCCUGCUCGCCGCAACUAGAGCAAGCCUGUGCAGCAGCGAAGACCCAAUGCGUCCAAAAGUAAAUAAAUAAAUUUAUUAAAAAUAUAAUUAAAAAAUAAGACUAUAGUUUAAUAGCUUUGCAGCAAAGGCAGUAAAAUGCAGUGAAUUAGAGUUCCUGCUCUAGAGUCAAGACUGCCUGGCAUGCCCUCCUGGCGUGCCAUCCAGGCUCUGCCUCAUAUGACCUGUGUUUUCUUGGUUACUUUAUUACUCCCUCAGAACUUCAGUUUUUGCCUCUGUGAAAUAGAGUAUAAUACUCUAUUUUAUAGGAUGAAUGUGAAGAUUAAAUGAUAUACCUGUAAAACCCUUAAUAAAGAUUUAAUAAUACCAAUACUAGUAAAUUCAUAGCAAUAAAAGCUAAAUUUAAAAAAAAGUACAAAAAGAGAAAACAUUACUUACAGAAGCCAGUAAUCUUCCAUCUUCCUUCAUAGCAAGGUAACGGUUCGCACACACUCCUUUGAUAGACACAACCCCUCUCUCUUCUGCUUGAAGUUGUAGUUUGACUAUAAGUAAUGGAGAAAAAAUUACCUUUGUAGCAUCAUAGAAAAAAGAGGCAUCUACACGUUUAUACAACAUGCAGGGUAAAGACAAGAGGCACUUGUGCAUCCAGCCAAGGAGCUGGGGGACAGGGGCCAGAUGUCAAUUAAAUUCUGUUAGAAUGAGAGGCAGACCCACUAAAGUAUGAAUGCCUCUUGACUCCCUUCUUAAUCCAGUGUCAGUGAGCGGAUAAGAGUGACAGAUGGAGAAUUUUUUUCCCUUCAUGUGUAAUUAGCCUCCACUUGGCCCUGUUAACUACUUAGAUUUUUUUUUAAUGAACAUAUUUUAAGAGUACAUAAAUAUAUAAACUACUUAUGAGAAUUUCCACACUACUGCCUAACUUUAAACUCUUUAAAAGUUAUUUUAACCAAUUCUUCACAAAUAAGAUAUAAUUGCUCACCAUUAUCUUUUGGUUUGUAUUUCCUUGAGUUUCCUCACCUUUUAUUUCUAGCUUCCCCUUCAAUACAAUACCAAAUGCAUUUAUCUUUCUUUAUGGAGGGAUUGUGAUGUAUAGAUUUUUUUUUUUUGCAAAUAUCUAUUGGGAAAACAAAAUGUUUAUGCUUAAUUUGCUUAUAGUGUGAUGAAAGAUUUUCAGAAUGUAAGAUCCUGAAGAGGAUGACCUAUGUGUUACACUACAUUAUCAAUAUUAAGCAGACUGUUGAAAAACAAAAAAAUAGAUAUUACAUGAUGAUGAUAAUGCCAUAGGGACAAAUAAUCAUCUAAUUAAUUCAGUUAAAAUUAAGUUCAAAAUUUGUUUUGCUAUUCAGAAGCAGCAUUCUCCUGCCUAGAACAGCAUUCCCCAAAAUGUAUUUUGGCUAACAGAAAUUACUUAAAAAACAGGUUCUGGGGCCAAGUAAAUUUAGGAAAUUCUUGGUUAAGUCAAGUUAACUCUUUAUUGUCAAACUUCUCAGAACUUUGCCUCUCAUAACCUGCAUUAUAAAUCACCAUAAGGGGAUCAAGUACACAGUGUGUAUAAAAUGUGCUUGGGUCCCAGAACAAGUUUUUUCAUAGGCUAUUCUGUGGCCUAUAAACGUAUCUAGGACAUUCUUGAGAGCAAUAGAAAAAAGCAGUGAAUAUUCAAGAUUUUAGAAAUCAGAAUAAUAUUAUUUGGAUAACAUUAGAAACAUUAAGUAAAUUUAAUUUUCCCAGGUGAACCCGGACAGCUAGGAAACAUGGCACGAAAAGGCAAUGUUUGAAAAAUUCUGGAAUUACUAUUAACUUUGUUAGACAUAAUUAUGUCAUAGUAAUUAUGUUUUAAAUUUUUUCCUAUCAGGUAGAACAACAUAUGGGUAAAAUGAGAUAUAACAUCUGGGAUUGGCUUUAAAAUAUUCCAGGAAAAAAAUAAAAUAAAAUAUUCCAGGAAUCAGUAUUUUUUUAAUAAAAUGGGUGGGAUAAAUAAAACAAGAUUGAUUAACCUAUGUCAAUAGUUAUUAGAAGCAUGGGAGUUCAUUAUUCUCAUUACUUUAUGAAUGUUUGAGAAUUUACAUUUUUUAUAAAAAGGUAUUUGUUGGACAUUUAAUGUCUGAUUCUCCUCUGUACCAGUCACUCCAGGUGAAAUUCUUCUACAGAAUCUUAAAAGACAGUACAAAGUAAAAGGAAUAUAAUCAAGACAUGAAAACUAAAGGGAAGGGAAGCCCAAGAUUUAUUUUUAACAAAUAUAAGCAAAAUUAAUGAUUAUGAAUAAAAAUCCUUGUAUAUAGCUCUAAAGUGAUGUAGAUAAGCCGUAUUAAUUAUGAAUGCAUUUGCAUCUCUUUUUAACUCAUAUGGUUGUAUAAAUGCUUCUGAGGCAAGACUGCAUAGUCAAUCACUAUACUUUUUUCCCAGCACUUUAUCAAUAAACUAUAGCCUAGCUCAAGCCCAGCAUCUUAUAAAUGUGUAUUACUGGUCAUAAGGCAGAUUAUGGAUAUUAAUGUGUGGUCAGUACCUGCAACUCAGUACCCAAAGUAAAUGUCAUCAUUCACAUAUUCAUUGGCCUUUCACAGAUUUCUUGGGAUUCCACAUUAGGAUACUGUCAUUUGAUAAGCCACUAAAAAGUAAACACUAAUUGUAGAUGCCUGAAAAGUGUUUCCAUUAACAUAUAACUAUAAAAAUAUAAACUUUAAGGGUUUCCCUGGUGGCGCAGUGGUUGGGAGUCCGCCUACCGAUGCAGGGGACACAGGUUCGUGCCCCGGUCCGGGAAGAUCCCACAUGCCGCAGAGCGGCUGGGCCCUUGAGCCAUGGCUGCUGAGCCUGCGCAUCCGGAGCCUGUGCACCGCAACGGGAGAGGCCACAACGGUGAGAGGCCCGUGUAUCGCCAAAAAAAAAAGUGUAUAUAUAUAUAUAUAUAUACUUUAAAAGUAACCAGAGCCUGAAACCAAUAAGAAGCUGGAAAAUCCACAAAAUCAUAGAUUUUCUUUAAAAACCCAUCAGAGCUGAGAUGCAAAGAGACCUAAGUAAACUAAAUUUCACAUACAUAUGAUCCCUGCCCCCACCAAAAAGAUGACCUGCUUCCAUCUUUGACAGGAAGAAGACUAACCCUAUCAAAAUGGGGAGUGUAAAGAAACCAGCUGAACUUUUACAAACUUCUAAGUGCUGCUGAUGUGAAGAACUGGAUUUCUAAGGAGCCCUAAUCAAACAGCAAUUCCAUACCCACCUGCCAGUUCUCUCCUACAGAGCUUGCACCUAGUGCACAACCAUCACACACCAGAGGCAGAGGACAGAACAGAAGGGCUAAGAGAUCCUUCUGAAGCACCUAAGGCUUUGCUGAGUGCAAAGCAGCAGUCCACUGACAGCUGGGAGUGGAACAGAGCUGAGAGAGAGCCCUUUGAGAAUCACUGAGCCUUCACCAAAUGAAAAGCAGGAUGAAGAGAGAUCUUCAAAGACAAUGGUAGAUUUCAAGAGCAAGGAUAAUCCUGACCUACCCAAACAGUUAAUAGCUGGGCUAUUUUUGUCUUAGACAAAAUGGAAUAUGAAAAAGUACUCAACCCAAAAGAAGGCAGAAGAAGAGGAACAGAAGGACAAAGAACAGAUGGGGAAAUUAGAAAACAAAUUCCAAGAUGGCAGAUUAAACCCAACACAUCAAUAAUUGAACUAAAUGUAAAUGAACUAAACACUUAAAGGAAAAAUUGUCAAGAAGUUAAAAGGCAAAACCCAACUAUGUUGUCUACAAGGAAAGCACAUUAAAUACAAAGAUACAGGCAAGUUGAUAGUAAUGUGGGAAAAAAAUAUAAAAUGUAUAACCCUAAUUAUAAGAAUGCUAGUAUGGCUAUAUUAAUAUCUGAUGUGGACUUCAAGGCAAGUAGUAUAACUAGAGAUGAACAAAGUUAUUUCAUAAUGAUAAGAGGGUCAGAUACCUCAAGAAAACAUAAUUGUAAACAUGUAGCACAUAAUAAUAGAUAAUGUGCUAUAAUAAAUUGCCUGAAGCAAAAAUUGACAGAAGAAAUAGAUCAGUAAGUAUAUGGAAUAUAAGAAUAAUGUUAUCAGCCAACCUGACCUGACUUUUUUUUUUUUUUUUUUUGAGAUCAGGUAGGUUUCAUUUACCUGAAACUUUAGUCUCUUCUUAACAUCAAUGUCAUUUGAAAACUAUGCUAAAAAAAAUUAACUCUGCCAGCAUGGUAAGUGAUCCUAUGCUUAUUUGCCUAGUGGACUUGUACUAUUGGUACCCCUGGUACUUUUGUUUUUUAACAGUCUGAGACAUAAUUCAUGUAUGAUACAAUUCAUUUAAAGUGUACAUACAAUUCAGUGGUUUUUAGUAUAUUCACAGAGUUGUGCAACCAUCACCACAAUCAAUUUUAGAACAUCUUCAUCAUCCCACACCUCCUAUGGUUCACCUCCUAUGUCCCCAAUACCACUAAUCCACUUCCUGUCUCUAUAGAUAUGCCUACUCUGGAUAUUUCAUAGAAAUGGGAUCAUACAAUAUGUGGUCUUUUGUGACUGGCUUCUUUCACUUAGCAUAUUGUUUUCAAGGUUCAUUCACAUUAUAGCCAUGUAUCAGUACUUCAUUCUUUUUUAUUGCCAAAUAACAUUGCAUUGAAUAGAGAGACCCCAGACAUUUGGUUUGUUUCCAAUUUUUGGCUAUUAUGAAUAAUGCUGCUAUAAACAUUCAAGUACAAGAUUUUGUGUAGACAUAUGUUUUCAUUUCUCUUGGGUAUAUACCAAGAAGUCAAUAUGGUAACUCUAUGUUUAAUCAUUUGAGAAAUUGUCAGACUUUUCCAAAGCAACCAUUUCACAUUCCCACUAGAAAUUAAGGGUUCCAAUUUCUCCACAUCCAGGCCACAUUUGUGAUAAUCCGUGGUGGUGUUUUUGUUUGUUUGUUUUUUCUAUUAUAGUCGUCCUAAUUGGGUGUGAAGUGGUAUCUCUUGGUUCUGAUUUUCAUUUUUCUGAUGUUGAGUAUCUUUUCAUGUGUUUAUUGGCUACUUGUAUAUCUACUUUAGAGAAAUGUCUCUUCAGAUCCUUGGCCCAUUUUUUAGAUUGUCUUUUUCUCAUUGAGUUGUAAGAGUUCUUUAUAUGUUCUAGAUACAAACCCUAAUUAGAUAUCUGAUUUGCAAAUAUCUUUUCCCAUCCUGUGGCUUGUCUUUUCACUUCCUUGGUAUUAAUUAUCCUUUGAUGCAUAAACAUUUUUAAUUUUCAUGAAAUCCAA